CAACAACCUCAUCAUCCUCCUCAACUCCAUCUUCAUUAAUCAGCAGCAAAACCAGAUCCCGGCGUUCUCCUCUCUCUGUAGAGAUGCCCAACUUAAUUGUAAAACUAUACAGUGUCAUCUUCAAAUAUCAACAAAAACACCUCCUACAAAGCCUCAUCGAAACCCCUGAAUCCACCAAACCCAACCCAUUUGGCAUAACUUCUCGGCCCAGCGAAUCCAUCGCAGCUAGUAACCCAUCAUUUUCCGACGGUGUCGCCACCAAAGACAUACAUGUCGACCCCUUCUCUUCUCUAUCUCUCCGGAUCUUCCUUCCCGAUACAGCUGUCACCUCCUCAUUGUCUUCAACCUAUCAAAUUACCAAUUACGGUGGGUAUUCUCCGGCGGAAGGAAAAUCUCACCGGAAGUUGCCGGUGAUGUUGCAGUUUCACGGAGGCGGGUUUGUCAGCGGGAGCAAUGAGUCGGCAGGAAACGAUGCGUUUUGCAGGAGAAUAGCCAAAUUGUGUGAUGUGAUUGUCGUGGCUGUUGGGUAUCGAUUGGCACCAGAGACCAAGUAUCCUGGGGCUUUCGAAGAUGGUUUCAAGGUUUUGAAUUGGUUAGCAAAGCAGGCUAAUUUGGCUGUUUGUGGGAGAUUGGGUGCUCAAAGCCAUAUAUUUGAUAGCUUUGGGGCUUCCAUGGUCGAGCCCUGGUUGGCUGCUCAUGGAGAUACUUCCAGAUGUGUAUUACUUGGGGUGAGCUCUGGUGCAAACAUAGCAGAUUAUGUGGCAAGAGAGGCUGUAGAGGCUGGGAAGCGAUUGGAUCCAGUUAAGGUGGUGGCACAAAUCUUGAUGUUUCCUUUCUUUAUCGGAAGCACUCCCACCCAUUCUGAGAUUAAGCUUGCAAGCUCAUAUUUCUAUGAUAAGACCAUGUGCAUGUUGGCAUGGAAACUCUUUCUACCUAAGGAAGAGUUCAACCUAGAUCACCCAGCUGCUAAUCCUCUUAUUGCUGGGAGGCAGCCACCUCUUAAGUGCAUGCCCCCGACUCUAACAGUUGUGGCAGAGCAUGACUUUAUGAGAGAUCGAGCCAUUGCCUACUCAGAAGAACUACGGAAAGUUAAUGUAGAUGCACCUCUUCUUGAUUAUAAGGAUGGUGUGCAUGAGUUUGCUACUCUUGACGUGCUUCUCCAAACACCACAGGCCCGGGUAUGUGCAGAGGAUGUCUCUAUAUGGGUCAAGAAGUACAUAUCACUCCGAGGCCAUGAGUUUUCUUAUUGAAUGGAGCUGAAAAGAAGAAAGUGAGCUGGAAGGGGAAAGAGCUGUUCAAUAGAUACGGGGUCAUCUUCUUUAUGAUCUUCUGCUUCUUUUCCUAUCCCUUUUCUUUUUCCCCCCUGGAGAUAAGCAGCAUUGUUGUAUACUGAGGAUUAACUUCUGGCUCUAUUCCAUUUCUCAAGUUCUGUAUUUAGGAAAAGGGGUUUUCUCUCUUAUUGUAAAGUCAUUGUUUGUCUGAGUGUAGGACUCGCUUGGAUAUUGAUGAGAAUUUUAUUCAUAGAUAUACCAGGAACAUUACUUUUCCAGCCCAUUUGCAGGCUGCUUGCUGUAAACAGUAGCACUGCAGUGAUACCUUGAUACCAGUUUCUUGCCA